AUGGGAAACACCGGAUCCUCGCAGCCGUCCAGGACACGGAAGGACCGGAGGAAAGAAGCCAACGACGGCGCAGAUGACCGACCUGGGAGGAACACGAAGAAGAGGGCUACUAACGGUUGCGUGGCCAGGCCGAGACCGAAGGGGACGGUCAGAUGUCGGACGACGAAUCCCUUCUUAAUUUUCUUCCUUCGGUUACGCAGCAAGAAACCGAAGGAGCAUGUGACAGUGAUCGCGAGGACUGCUGGAAGAUUAUGGACGCAAAUGACUCCGGAACAAAGGAAGAAGUACAUAGAUCUGGCGAACGCUGAGAAGAAGAGGCGAGAAGGGAGUAGAAGAAAGACUAGAAAAUCGAGGUGAUUAUCGAGCGUCUCUUCUGACGAGAAUCGAGAUCUGUAUCUAUAUGUUUCGUUCAGGAGAAGAAGAUAGCGGACACGACGAGGAAACGACACGAAAAUUCCACAAGUGUUAAGGAAAAAAUCGCACGGAAGACCGUUUCUCUCGCGCAACAAGUCUUUAGGAAUGAUCCCAUACGCAUAUAUAUAUGUAUAUAUAUAUA